AAAUGAUUGACGAAGUUUUGUUCUGCCUCGUGAAAGAUGAUAAUUUAUAUAAUAUUCUUUUUUUUGAAGUAUUACAGGGGGAAUUCUUCAUAUUAGUAACUCUUAUAAGUCGUGUUUGUUACUUUUAUAUCUCGUCUGAUCUGUGGUGUUAUUGCUCUAUGAUCUGACCUACCUGGUCUGUGGCCUGAAAUAACCUCUGUUUAGUCAAAAAUGUCUUAAUGUAUGAUCGUCUGUUAACUUAAUACAAUAAUAUACUUAAUGUAAUAUCUUUUCUUAAAAUGAAUUUAAUUUUACAUUUUCGGAUUGAUUAUUUUAUGAAUACUCUACCUAAUUAAUAAUGAAGAAAAAUAAAAGAAAUAUGUCUGCAGCAAAUACCGAGUAUGUGGAUGCAUUUAGCUCCAUAAAUGAGCGACCGGUCGAUGAUAUAUCUUUGGAAUUUUUUUAUAAACCCCAUACAAUUACACUUUUGGCAGUGUCUAUAGCUUCAGUUAUAUAUACAGCAUUUGUUAGAGAUGAGUCAAGCAUUCAGGAUAACAUAUGGUCAGGAAUAUGUUGCGUGAUAUUUUUUUUUCUUAUUGUGUCUGUGCUCACUUUUCCAAAUGGACCAUUUACACGGCCACAUCCAGCCAUCUGGAGAAUAGUCUUCGGAAUGUCAGUUCUUUAUUUACUGGCACUGUUAUUUUUGUUAUUUCAAAGCUACUCCACAGUGUAUGAAGUAAUGUAUUGGAUUGACCCUAACCUUCGAAAUUUUCACAUAGAUAUGGAUAAGGAAUAUGCUGUCAAUUGCUCAGAUAUCAGUAUAGCCAAAGUAUGGUCUCAUGUGGAUGUUUUUGCUUGGGGUCAUUUUUUUGGAUGGAUGUUCAAGGCUUUACUGUUUAGACACGGCGGCUUGCUAUGGGCAAUAUCAAUAAUGUGGGAGAUAACUGAAAUAGCAUUUGCUCAUUUGCUUCCAAACUUUUUAGAAUGUUGGUGGGAUUCUAUUGUUCUAGAUGUUCUUAUAUGUAACGGAUUAGGUAUAUGGUGUGGACUUAAAAUAUGUCAAGUACUUGAAAUGAGAGAAUAUAAAUGGGUUAGCAUAAGGGAUAUAUCGUCAACAACUGGAAAAAUAAAAAGAGCCAUACUCCAAUUUACACCAGUGCAAUGGAGUCCGGUACGGUGGCUGGAUCCAACUUGUACCUAUAUGAGGUUUUUUGCACUAAGUCAACUAGUGGUAUUUUGGCAAAUAUCAGAAUUGAAUACAUUUUUCCUUAAACAUAUAUUUGAAAUGCCACCAUCUCAUCCCCUGGUUAUUGCACGACUUUGUCUGGUUGGAGUCAUUGUUGCUCCAUCUGUCAGACAGUAUUAUAUUUAUGUGACGGACCCUAACUGCAAGAGAGUUGGAACUCAAUGUUGGGUAUAUGGUGCCAUAAUGGUUACAGAAUCAAUGCUAUGCAUAAAAAAUGGCAAAGAACUAUUUGGUCAAGCUCAAGUGUGCAAUGUUAUUGUAUGGCUAAUAAUUCAAAUUUUAGUAUCAAUUGGCUGUGUUUAUGGAGUGGUGUUAUACCAUAGAUAUUUUGAGCCAACCAAAGACUCGAAUAUUGCUAGUCCUAAGAAGAAUGAAUGAAAGUCCCAAACAAGACGGAAAAACCUUUAGUCCAUAAAUAGUUUAAUUAGAUGUUGUGAUGUGAGCCAAAUGGAAUGUGAAAGUUCUAAGUAAUAAAUAUCAUUACCAUUCUAAGUAAUAAAUAACUAAAUGAUUAAAAAAUA